AUGCCGGGCCAGCCAACCUUGGAAGCUUGGAAGCUUGGAAGCUCCUCCCUGGCCCUAUCUACUACACAGCCCGCCGACUCCCCGGCGCCUGUGGAUACCGCCCAUUCCGGUGUCUACCAGUGCAUUUCAAAGCAAUACUUCUUCUUCUGCCUGCCCGCCCAAACCACCACCACCACCACCGCCGCCGCCGCCGCCGCCGUGGCCGCCACCACCACCAUCUUGGGUGCCUCCAACGUCCGGAACCAUACGAACACGAAUGUUUACCUUCUCAACGACUUCCCUCUUCAACUGCGACAAAUCCGAUCAUCAUUCUUUUCCUGGUCGCCACCUCCUCCUCCUCCCAACACCCACCACUACCCACCGGCUGUCUACGUCAUCAUCGCAGCACUCAACAUGAGGAUCACCCUGAGCAUCAACAACCCGGAGGCCGAGGACCAGGACCUCCUGUCCCUCGACAUCUUCCCCGACAUGACCCUCGAAACUCUGCGAAGCUCCAUCCACGCCGAGACCCGCAUCGAGCCCAACGCCCAGCACCUCUACCACAACGGCCAGCUCAUAAGCGACAACUCCAAAACCAUGGAGCAGCUCCAGAUCGCCGAUGGCGAGAUGCUGGCACUCCACGUCAGGGACAUGCGGGGGAGCACCGGCGUGCCUGCUACCAGGGAGCAGCAGCCGCGGAGAGCACCCAUGGAGCAGGACCCCGAGCUCGUCCGCCUGCAGCUGCUUGGCAGCCCCCCGGAGUAUCGCGAGGAGCUUCGGAGGACCCAGCCGCAGCUUGCGCAGGCCCUCGACGACCCAGCACGGUUUGCAUCGGCCUUCAGAGACGUCUACGACCGGGAACGGCGGGAGCGCGCGGACCGGCAGCGCCAAAUCGCGGCAUUGAACGCGGAUCCUUUCGAUAUCGAGGCCCAGGAAAAGAUUGCGGAGAUCAUCAGGCAGGAGCAGGUCAUGGAGAAUCUACAGAAUGCAAUGGAACACAAUCCAGAAGUUUUUGGCCGGGUGCAUAUGCUCUAUGUCGACAUCGAGGUCAAUGGACACAAGGUCAAGGCCCUGGUAGAUUCGGGCGCGCAGGCAACCAUCAUGUCACCGCAAUGCGCCGAGGCUUGCAACAUCAUGCGGUUGGUCGACAAACGGUUUGCCGGCAUAGCUAAGGGUGUGGGUACCGCCACGAUUGUUGGUCGGGUGCACUCGGCGCAGAUCAAGAUAGGGUCCUUGUUUCUCCCCUGCAGCUUCACGGUCAUGGAGGGGAAGAACGUCGAGCUUCUCCUGGGCCUGGACAUGCUCAAGCGGCACCAGGCGAGCAUCGAUCUUGCUAAGGACAAGCUCAUCAUCCAGGGUGUCGAGAUACCUUUCCUGGGCGAGGCCGAGAUUCCAAAAGACAUCGAGGAAGCUCUGGAGGAGGAGCCAACAGUGAAAGGGCCUGGUGGCACGACGAUCGGAGGGCGGUCUGGUGCGAUUUCUCAGCCUGGCCCGUCGUCCGGCGCCCCGGGGCCGUCUUCGUCCGCCCCACCGCAAUCAGCUACCCCUUCAACAGCGCCCACACCUGCUCCUGCUACGUCAGGACAGCCUCAGUUCCCAAAUGAAGCGAUUGAGCAGUUGAUGCAGCUAGGGUUUCCACGUGAUGCUGCGAUACGUGCCCUGGAGGCGACUGGUGGUAACCUCGAGUUCGCCGCCGGACUUCUUUUCCAGGGGUAA